AUGCCUUCUGCAUCAACGACAGCAAAGCCAUCAUCAUCAUAUGAAUUUGACAAGGCCACAAAAGUUCAUCCUUUAGGUGUUAACGAUUGGGGUGAUGCAGUUUUUACCGGUCAACUUGAUAAGCAAUGGGUGUUACGUGGAGUGAUACUGGGUGGAUAUCUGACAUCCAUGAUGCUGAAGACCGCUAUGGAACAUCAUCCAAACCGAGCUCCUGCCGCACUCACAGCAUUUUUCACCAGUCCAGCACGACCAGGACCAUGCGUGAUCGAAAUCAAGGAUCUCAAAAUCAGCAAAAAAGGCUACAGUACCGUUACUGUGACGCUGAAACAACUCAAGAAGAAUAAUUACCAGGACAAACGCCCACCAGUGACGGUUCAAGAAUACAACGCGAAGGAUUAUGAGAUGAAGUGUUAUACCGUGAUUACUUUAAUGGGACACAACCAAAUUGAAACCGGCCCUACGAUCAUCCAUCCCGAUGCAGCUGCUGCUUUGAUCGAUCGUAGUAGUACUACUAUGCAGCCGGUAGAUUUACAGAUGGGGGGAGGAGAGAAAACCAUAGUGUCGCUGCAAGAUCUGAAUGCCAAAAACUUGACUGCUACAGCCGAGAGUCAUCAUGCUUUUUCAUUUUCGGAUAACAGACCCAUCAAUUCGAUAGCAUUGCCUUAUUUUGCAGACAUGUACGAACAUCCGCUGCAUAUGCUUGCAGAUGCAACAUACAUGCGACUGCAAAACACACAUGCAUGGAAACCUACUUUACAGUAUGAGGUGCAGUUCAAGUAUCCGAUCAUGCCAAAAACAACAACGCAGAUCCUGGCUAGCUUCAAAGUACCACAUCUCAUUCAAGGAAGAUUCGAUAUGGAUGGUGUUUUAUACACACCAGAUGGAAAAAUUGUAGCCACAACGAGGAGUGAACGACGUGAUAAGGUCCAAGAGCAGAAGAAAUCAAAGCUUUGA